AUCUGUCAGGCAUCAGCGCGCUCGCGCUGCCGCCGCAUUCCCGCCACCGGCCCUGAGGGAAGACCGAGUGCGGCCAUGAAGAUCUGGAGCUCGGAGCACGUCUUCGGACACCCAUGGGAUACAGUGAUCAAGGCUGCUAUGAGGAAAUACCCUAACCCAAUGAAUCCGUGUGUGGUAGGAGUAGAUGUCCUCGACAGAAGUCUGGAUAACCAGGGGAGGUUGCACAGUCACCGCCUUCUCAGCACGGAGUGGGGGUUGCCCAGUAUUGUGAAAGCGAUUUUAGGAACCAGUAGAACUCUGACUUACAUUGAGGAACAUUCUGUGGUAGAUCCAGUGGAAAAAAAGAUGGAGCUUUGCUCAACUAAUAUUACUCUCACAAACCUGGUGUCUGUUGAUGAGAGACUGGUUUACACACCUCAUCCUGAAAACCCUGAAAAAACUGUGCUCACUCAAGAAGCAAUUAUUACUGUUAAGGGCAUUAGUUUGAGCAGUUAUCUGGAAAGCUUAAUGGCAAACACAAUAUCUUCUAAUGCCAGAAAGGGUCGGGAGGCCCUGGAGUGGGUGAUCAGCAAACUAAACACAGAACUGGAGGAGCUGAAGUCAACACGUGAGGGCAUGAAACCAGGCAUGGCAGCGGCAUCAGCAGAAGAAUAACCCCAAAAACUCCAGUGACUGACAGCAGAGUUUGAUUCUGCAGACUGCUUUGUGGAUCUCCCUCCCGAGGUGGAUCUGCAUGGGUUUUAUAUAUUUAUAAGACUAUCAGAUCAGUGGAAAAAUAACCUCAUCUGUCAUCUCUACAGCAGCUCCUGUUGACUACUGAAGAUUAACUUGACCUCCUGAAGAUACUCUUUUCAUUUAAACCAUUUAUUUUUAACACUGGAAAACAAACAUUUAGCACAUUUACUAGUGCCUAAAUGUGCCUUCUCUGGCAAAGAGAGUAUGUUAUAUUUACACCUUCUCAGCUUUUUGUGCUCCGUCUUGAAUGCAUGUGUGGUGUUGAGGGUCUUCUGUGUGAACAUUUGUUCUGUGAAGAGCUGAUGGGUACUAGAACCCUGAAUUGUGUCUGGUUUGCCAUCUGAUAGUGUCUUUUGACCAUUUAAAGGGAACUACAUGAGGCAGGACAUGAUACUGUGGAAUUAGAUCUCUAUCCAGAGGGCAUCAUCCCAAAAAACUAAAACUUCUGAGGUACUGGCUUGUCUUCUGUUGUUCACACAUGCUGCCUGGACAUGACACACAGGUGCUUUUACCUUUUUGAUGUUUGUAUUCAAACAAAGAUAAAGUUUCUAUUGAUGUUAAUAGCCUAAAACAGUUUUCUUGCUGGGGAGAAGGGUUUAAUUUAUUUUCAUAUUUAUUAAUGCGCCCUAAUUCCUCCCCUCCCUAUGAGGAGAGGAGUAGUAGUUCCUGGAAGGUGCUGGAAAAUAUUUCUCUCUAAGAAGGGUACUUGUAGGCUGCUUGAAUGAAGAGACUGUACUGUUCCACUGGUCCUGGCUCUUCACGUCAUGUCUUAACUGAGGGAGAGGCUGAUACAAUAACCAGAAGACCUGAAAUGGGAAGUAAGUUGGAAAUUUGGAAUCCAAAUGGUUUUGUGAACACACGCUUCUCAAGCCCUGCGUGGAGAAAACAAGAGUACAAGAAAAACAAGAGGACUUUCUUUUGGAGUGCUUUCUACUGACUCCCAGUGUAACCAAAAUUUUUCAACACUUUUCCACAUUGGUACAAAAUGGUUUUAGGAUCAUUUUAAAUGCUUCUCAUUAUCUGGAGAAAUGCUCCAGUAACUGUAGAAACUGCUUCCUAUAAACUGCAUAAAUACCUACUGGUAACAGGCCUGGCCUUGUCUGAUGGUCACAGAACUUUCAUAUUUGGUCCAGGUGUAGUUCAUGUUUCUUAUCACUCUGUUGGGGCAUUUUUACUGAUUGUUUUGGUGUGCAUACAAAGUGAAAUAAAUGUUGCAAGGAUGUUUACUUGUUCAAGUGGCAAGCAUAUGUUUAGGGAGCUGGUAAAGAAUGUGAGUAACUUCUUAAAGACUAAAAGACUAAAAUGCUUUAAUCUGGUAAUUUUAAGGUGUUUGUAGCUUCAAGGGAGGUUUCAGCAUUCAUCUUCUGGUGAGUCUGAAAAUGAACAUUAACUUGGGUGUAACUGUUGUCUCACUGAAUUACAUGAUCCUAACAAAUAAACUUCAUUUAUAUAUAUAAAACAGUUGA